AUGCUCAGCUCGACUGUACCGCCUCGCCGACGCGCCAAGUGCCGCCUCGUCGGCGCGGCUGCCGCUCUUCUUCUCGCCUCGACCGCCAACGCCCAGUCGGCCAACUAUGACCUGUCGACCAACGAGGUCAACCGCACCUCGUGGCAGCGUCAACCUUACGUCUCAAACGGCUACAUCGGUCAGCGCAUCCCGGCCGAGGGCUUCGGCUACCGCGAGAUGACGCCCAACAACCUGACGGCGCGCGAUGGCACCCAAGGGUGGCCGCUCUUCACGCCCCGAAUGACGGCCGCGAUGGUCGCGGGCUUCUACGACCAGCAGCCCGAGACGGCCGGGACCAACUUUGCGCAAACCGGCGGCCAACAGCCCAUCUCGACUUUGCCGACCUGGUCGUCGCUCUACUUCACGGUCAACAACCAGACGUACUCGACGCAGACGCCCGACGAGCAGAUCUCGAACUGGACCCAGUCGAUGAGCGUCCAGGACGGCGUCGUGCGCACCUCGCUCGACUGGACCCCCGAGGGCGCGUCCGAGCCGAUCCGCCUGUCGUACACGGUCAUCGCCCACCGCGUCGAGCCCAACAUCGGCGCCAUCCGCCUCACCGUCGAGGGCCUGAACGAGAACAUGCAGGUCGCCUUCACCGACGUCUUUGACGGUGCCGGCGCGUGGCGCACUGACUUUGUCUCGUCGGGUCCUGUUCCCGACACGGUCAACACGCUGCACACGGCCGUUCGCCCCGUCGGCAUCUCGAACGUGACGGCGUACGAGGUCUCGGUUAUGGACAUCUGGCCUCGCUCGUCGACGCAGUGGUCGAACGACACCGGCUCGAGCUGCCUCGGCGACAUCCUGUCGACCAACGUCUCGACGGCGAGCUCGUGCUACCGCCUCGCGUCGUCGGUCCCGUCGAACGGCAAGCUCGACGCGAUCAAGUACGUCGGCAUCGCCUCGUCGGACGCGUUCCCGGGCAAGGAGCUCGAGACGGCCCUCGCCAAGGCCAACCUCGCCAACUCGACCGGCUGGGACGUCAUCCUCGAGAGCCACCGCAGCGCGUGGGACGCCGUCUGGGACGACGCCGACAUCGAGAUCCCGGGCGAGGAGAACGAGGAGCUGCAGAUCGCGACUCGCGCGAGCUUGUUCCACAUCUUGACCAACGUCCGCAACGGGUCCGAGCCCACUGGGCUCGGCGACAACUCGAUCGCUCCUGCAGGCCUCACGUCCGACUCGUACGCCGGUCACAUUUUCUGGGACGCCGACAUCUGGAUGUCGCCGUCGAUCAUGGCGCUGUACCCUGACUACGCCGAGAGCAUCGUCGACUUCCGCUACCGCCAGCUCGGCGCCGCAAAGGAGAACGCCAAGCAGUUCGGCCUCGCCGGCGCCCUGUACCCGUGGACCGGCGCUCGUUUCGGUAACUGCACCGGUAUCGGGCCCUGCGCCGACUACCAGUACCACCUCAACAGCGACAUCGCCCUCGCCGCGUGGCAGUACUACGCGACGACCAACAACAAGACGUGGCUCGAGGAGAAGGGCUACCCGCUCGUCAAGGGCGCUGCCGAGAUGUUCGCGUCGUUCGUCACGAAGAACGAGACGGGCAACGGCACGUACGAGUACGUCACGCUCAACACGACCGGCGCCGACGAGUACGCCAACCAGGUCAACAACACGGGCUUGACCAACGGCGCCCUCACGGUCACGAUCAAGCAGGCGAUGGAGCUUGCCGCCAUCCUCGGCGUCGACGACCUGCCGAGCAACCUGACCGACAUCUACGAGAAGACCCUGAUCCCGCAAGCCCGGAGCGGCAUCAUCCUCGGCUUCGACGGCACGAACGGCUCCGCCGAGAUCAAGCAGGCCGACGUCGUCCUGCUCGAGUACCCGUACGAGUUCAAGUGGCCGAGCGGCAAGCCGACGUACGGCUCGUCGGCCGAGAGUGUCGCCCUCACGACCCUCGACUUCUACUCGGGCGCCAACUCGCCUGACGGCCCCGCCAUGACCUGGGGCAUCUACUCGAUCCUCGCCGCCGAGCUGUCGCCCAUUGGCUGCGCCUCGUACACCUACUUCCUCCAGGGCAUCCAGCCGUACUCGCGCGCGCCGUUCUACCAGUUCUCGGAGCAGCAGAUCGACGAGUGGGCCGACAAUGGUGGCACCAACCCGGCGUUCACGUUCCUCACCGGCGCAGGAGGCUACCUCCAGACGCUCACGCACGGCUACACCGGGUACCGCUUCCGCCUCGACCGUCCCUACUUCGACCCUUCGCUCCCGCCUCAGCUCAAGAACUACACGGUCAAGGGCCUCAAGUGGCACGGCGCCUCGAUUGACGUCACCGUCGAGUCGAAGAACACGACCAUCACCUACCGCAGUGGCGGCAACGGCACCCUGCCCAUCGAGGUCCGCAGCGGCAAGGCCGGCGGCAACUUCACGAUCUCGCGCGGCGAGUCGAUCACGGUCCCGACUCGCUCGACCGAGGGCACGCUCGUCGACGGCAACCUCGCUCAGUGCAAGAGCGUCCUCAACAACGACACGCGCUUCCACAUCGACCCGAUGAACCGCACGAGCCGUCCAGGCGAGUACGCGCUCGCCGCCAUCGACGGCGCCAACUCGACGACCUGGCAGCCGUUCACGACCGAGCCGACCUCGAUGACCGUCGACCUUGGCGAGGCGCAGCAGAUUAAGGGCUUCCACCUCAACUGGAACAACGAGCCGCCGACAUACUACUCGAUCGCUGUCUCAAACUCGUCGUCCGAGCUCGCGUCGGCGUCGCCCAUCUCGUCGGGCAACGUGACCCUCUCGGCGCCGUACGACCUCGCCGAGUCGCUCAUCGUCCAGGUCGACAUCGGCAACCUGACCGACAUCUCGCUCAACGAGACGGUCACUGCGCGCUACGUGCAGCUCACCGUCGAGGGCUCGUACGCGACCGAGGGCUACGGCGGCACCGUCGGCGAGUUUGCCGUCAUUGGCGCUUGAGCCCCUUCUCGAGUCGAGGUCGGACAGGAGGUGCCGAGGGAGGAGGGGGGUGUCGCAGCAGCAGCAGUUCAAGACGCAGACAGUAUAUAGCAGCUCGACGAAACGCAGAUUCGUUCGCUCUCUCUCU